AUGUCUGAAGGAUGUCUCCCAAGUCCUAACCUUGAUGAAACAGGGAAUGCUCAGAAGGUUUUGCUCAUUGGCAAUCAUCAAGACUUCAAGAGAAGAGACUAUGAAAGAAAUAGGGGCAGGCCAGGCCAUUUGCACUUGCUGGAUCAUCUGGAUUUGGAUAUGGAACUUUGCGGUCCAAGUUUGGACCCUUUUAGGAGUGACAUGGUGAAACUGUUUGUUUUAACUUUUGCUGCUAAUCCGGUUCCAACUCCAAACAGACCGGAGGAGAGAGAGAGAGAAAAGGGGCAAGUCGCUGCCGUCCAAGCAUCUCAUCGCCGGCGCCGAUUCCGGCCACCUCCGGCCAUAAAACUGGAGAGAAGGAUUAAAGUCUUUUCGGCUAAAUCUUUGAAUUCCGGCCAAACCAUCAAGAAUUUGGAGAAACCCCGAGGUUAACUCAAUCGGCGCCAAGGCGUUGGAAUUUGUUUUUGAUUUUGGAAAGCCUAUUGCACUCCUUCCUGUAGUGAUUGUUGCUUGUGUUUCCUAAAGCCUAUUUGUUUUUGAUAAAAUAUACACGAGAAUAGUUACUGUAGUUACACUAAAUUCAUGUCUUCGUUUUAUGCUUCAAACACUACACAAAACAAUGUAGUCACGGUAUAAUUUGCUCAUGUUGCUAGUUAUAAAUAGAAUUACCUGC